AUGUACAGCUCUGUUCAACAAGAAGAGCAUGAUGGCACCUUCGAGGCCUACAAGGGCCGACCUCGCGGACUGUCCAUGCCUAAACACAUCGUUCGGCGACCGCUGCAUUUACUGGCAGCAGUUUCCGUUACUGCUCGGGUUUCCAUCGUCUUAGCCCUGGUAAUGAUCAUCAGCUUGCUUUUCAGAGCUACACCCCACCAUGUCUGGAGCGAUGAUGUGCCUUCUACCAACUCGAACUUUUUUCAUCUUAUCAUACCAGCAACGAAUGGUGGAGUCCGAUUCUGCAAGACUCUCUUCAGUGCUGCAGUCCUCGAUUAUCCGACACCGAUAGUGAUCAAUUGGGCGGGGAAUGAUGAAAAAGCGAAAAGAGGAGACAUUUAUGGCGGCACGCACACUGCCAAAGUCUCUGGAAUUUUGAGAUAUCUCGAUUCACUGGGGCCUGAAUCUGACCAGGAAUUGGUCUUGAUCGUGGAUGGCUACGAUCUGUGGUUCCAGCUCCCUCCAAGUGUGCUCCUAGAUCGCUAUCAACGUGCCAUAGCUCAAGCGAACGCGCGGCUACGUAGGCGGUUAGGCGAUGCAGCAGACAAGGCAGACAUUAGACAGACGAUAAUUGUGGCCGCCGGGAAGGUGUGCUGGCCACAGUCACCGGACUCGCCAACAUGCAGCCUGCUUCCGGAAUCCGAGUUGGCCCCAGACACUUACGACGAUCCAGAUGACAAUGAGCUUAAGGACAUUCGGGCCCGCUGGCUCAACUCUGGCUUUAUCAUGGGCCCAGCAGUCGAUGUCCGAAGGGUCAUGAAGCGAGCAGAACAAGUCAUUCUUGCAGACCAAUGGGCUUUCUCUGAUCAAAUGGCAUUCAACGAGAUUUUCGCGCAACAGGAGUAUCAGCGUGAGUUGCUCCGAAUGAAACACCUCUCCUCAGUUCAGAAGCUGGUCGGCCGCGUCAACAAAUACUUCGGCCUCGAGGACCAACGCAGCAAGUUGAUAGCCGAGACCAAUGCGACAGCCAUUGGCAUCGAUCCUGCCGUCACCAAUCAAACUUACGAAUACCACCUUGGUCUCGACUAUACGGGGGGAAUCACUCACACCCUCGACGGCGAAUAUUACAAACUUCGUUGGCUUACCUUCUCGAAGCUCGAGGACCCUGCUGAGUUGGCCAAACUUCCUCAUCCCGAGCGCGUCGAUCAACAUUUUCUGGAGAAGGACAUCGCAGGCUCUGCGCUUCCAUUUUCCGUCAUCGGCGAUAACGACACUGCUCUCUCUUCUCAACAGUGGAACGAGGUUCCCCUCUGGACCGAGAUGUACUCUGCCGUUGUUCCGGCCACAUUCCACAUGAACCGACCCAAAGCUCCCAUCGAGUCUGAGUGGUCACGGACGUGGUUCUAUCCACAUCUGCGAAAGCAUCUACGCGCACGAAUUCUUGCGCCUCGCACGCCCGUGGCGGUGACGACCGACCUCCAUGGCCAGCGCCAGUGGUGGAGUCCUGUCACGAGUAAGGGCGGUGUCAUGGCCGAAACGGCCACCACGCCUACCUGGCUGGGAUGGGACCAGCUAUGCGGCGCCGAGAAUGAGGGAUGGGAUGAACUAUUUAGCGAUAAGCAGGGCAAAUGGGUAGAUCCGCGGGCGGCAGUAUAA